GUAUGAACUUGUCCCAUCUCUUUAUUUUGCAACUAAUGUUCCAGCCAUGUCUCCAAGUACUGUUAACCACGUAUGCGGAACAGCCCUCAUACAAUGCUGAGUUGGGAGGGGAUGUCAUAAUGGGCUGCCGGUUCCAGCCUUUGUCACAGCAUCCUAAUGAAGACUUGAUGAUUUCCUGGUGGCAUUCGAUAUCUUCUGCUCAGUUUCGACAAGUGUACCGCAUGUCUCGGGGACAGGAGCAAGUUUCCCUCCAGCAUCCGGACUUUAUCGGUCGUGCGAGGCUCCUCACGCAAGAGAUUAAAAACGGCUGGGCCAAACUGCAGGUGUCAAAUCUGCGCAUCAAUGACGCGGGUAACUACCAGUGUGUGGUACGGACAAGGAACGGUGCUGACUAUAAGGAUAUUCACUUAUCCGUUACUGCACCAUAUAAAACAGUCACUAAAAACAUUACCGAGUCGGAAACUGGAAGAGAGCUGGUGCUAAGUUGCCAGUCUGAAGGGUACCCAAUGACCGCUGUGGCUUGGCUUGAUGCUCACCGGCAACAUCUCAAUGCCAGCACCAACAUUGAGUCAACACAGGACCAGCUUCUCAGGAUCACCACUAAGAUACGGGUGGGAUCAUCCCAGAGGAACAACUAUACAUGUCGCUUUCAAAGUAGCGGCUCUUCUGCUGCAUUUCUCAUUCCAGGUAAGCAUGAACUACAAUAG